AUGCGUCAAGGCCACCUCGCGCGCCUGGUCGCGCCGCUGACCCUGGCCCUGGCCGUCAGCUGCGCGAAAGGCGAUCCCCUCGCGUACGUGGAUCCCCUCAUCGGCACGACCAAUGGUGGCAACGUCUUCCCCGGCGCGACGCGACCGUACGGCCUCGCCAAGGCUGUCGCCGACGUCGACGGCCAGAACACGGGCGGCUUCGGCCUGGACGGCAGCAACGUGACGGGCUUCUCGAGCGUCCAUGACAGCGGCACUGGCGGGAACCCCAGCCUCGGCAACUUUCCUCUCUUCCCCCAGGUCUGCGACGGCGACGACCUCAACGCCUGCCGCUUCCGCAUUGGCGACCGCAAGGUCAAGUACAAGAAUGGCUCCGUCAAGGCCGAGCCCGGCCGCUUUGCGAUUGAGCUGGAGAACGGCGUCGGUGCUGAAAUGACCGUCUCGGACCACGCCGCGCUCUACCACUUCAAGUUCGCGGAUGCCGGCUCCAACAAACACCCGCUCAUUCUGCUCGACCUGACGGACCUGUGGCAGAGCAGGCAGAAUGCGUCCAUUAGCGUCGACGAGCACUCCGGCCGCAUGGUCGGCAAUGGCACCUUCUUGCCCAGCUUUGGCGCCGGCUCAUAUGUCAUGCACUUUUGCGUCGACUUCUUCGGCGCAGACGUCCACGACACCGGCGUGUGGGUCAACAACCGCGCCGGCACCGAGCCCAAGAGCAUCUAUCUCACGCGCGGCUUCAACCUGUUCUAUCUCGAGGGCGGCGCGUUUGCGCGCUUCAAGUCCCACCGCGACGGCACGGUGACGGCGCGCGUUGGCGUGAGCUUCAAGAGCGCCGAGCAGGCGUGCCGCAGCGCGGAGCGAGAAAUUCCCAACCCCCUAAACGACUUUAACAGGCUCGUCAGGUCGGCCAAGGACGCAUGGAAGGACAAACUCAGCCCGAUUCGCAUCAAGCAGGGCGGUGCGACUGAUGACCUGGUCAAGAGCUUCUGGAGUGGUGCGUACAGGAACAUGAUUUCGCCGCAAAACUACACCGGCGAGAACCCGCACUGGGACACGGGUAACCCAUAUUUCGAUUCAUUUUACUGCAUCUGGGACAGUUUCCGAGCGCAGCAUCCCCUCUUGACAAUUCUUGACCCUCAUGCCCAGACUCAAAUGGUCCAGACUCUUCUUGACAUUUACAAAAAUGAGGGAUGGCUGCCUGACUGCCACAUGUCCAUGUGUAAAGGCUGGACACAAGGCGGCUCCAACGCCGACACAAUCUUGGCCGAUGCGUACGCCAAGAACCUGAGCACGAGCAUCGACUGGGAGCUAGCCUUGAAGGCCGUCAUCAACGAUGCUGAGAAUGAGCCCCUGGAGUGGUCGUAUCAUGGCCGCGGCGGCCUGCAGAGCUGGCGCAAGUUAGACUAUAUCCCGUAUCUGGACUUUGACCCGCUCGGCUUCGGUACCAACUCUCGGAGUGUGUCGCGCACCCUCGAGUACUCGUACAACGACUUUUGUCUGGCAACAAUUGCUGAGGGACUUGGCAAGACGGACACGCACAAAAAGUACAUGAAGCGCAGCAUGAACUGGCAGAACGUCUGGAAAGAGGAUCAGACAUCGGUGAUUAACGGCAGCGACACAGGGUUCAAGGGGUUCUUUCAGCCAAAGUACAUGAACGGCACCUGGGGAUAUCAAGACCCGAUCGCCUGUUCGGCGCUGGCUGACUUUUGCUCGCUGACUUCGAAUCCGAGCGAGACGUUUGAGGCGAGUAUCUGGCAGUAUCUCUUCUUCGUCCCACACGCCACAUCGUCACUCAUCUCGCUCAUCGGCGGCGACGACGCCUUCAUUAAGCGUCUCGACUUUUUCCACACGAGUGGUCUUGCCGACAUCUCCAACGAGCCGGUGUUCCUGACAGUUUAUCUCUACCACUACGCGGGACGCCCCGCGCUCUCGACGGAGCGCAUUCACACGUACAUCCCCAAGUCGUUCAACUCGAGCCCCGGCGGUUUGCCCGGCAACGACGACUCGGGUGCCAUGGGCGCGUUUCUGUUCUUCUCCGUGAUGGGACUCUUCCCAGUGGCCGGGCAGAACGUGUACCUCAUCAGUCCACCCUUUUUCGAGGAAAUUAGCAUUCGCUCGCCGCAGACGGGCAAGACGGCGACUGUGCGCAACAUUGGCUUUGACCCGUCGUAUAAGAAGGUGUACGUUCAGAAGGCAACGGUGAACGGCAAGCCGUGGACCAAGAGCUGGAUCGGGCACGAGUUCUUUACCGAAGGGUGGACGCUAGAGCUCACUCUGGGCACGAAGGAGUCGGACUGGGGGACCAAGCCCGGUGACCGGCCGCCGUCCUGGGUGUCGUGA